AUGCAACCUCUUGCCAAAAGCUCAAGUCAACCACGUAAUCCAACGGAAUCAUUGACGAAUGCACCGGCUUAUAAAUGUGGUUGGCUUUAUAAAAGAGGUGAACACAUAAAAACUUGGCGUCCACGUUAUUUCAUUCUUCGUCAUGAUGGUAAUUUUUAUGGUUAUCGUAAGCCUCCAGUUUUAAAUGAUACGCAACAAGAAGAACCACUUAAUAGAUUUCAAGUGACUGAUUGUAGUGUUGUACGUCAAGAUAAAAUCAAACAAAAUGCUUUUGUUAUACAUUUUCAUCAAAUGAAAAUAGAACGAUUAUUCGCUGCUAGCAGCUCACAAGAUCGUGAAGAAUGGAUAACAGCUAUUGAAAUAAUUAAUCGACAAACAUCACCACAUUUACAACAAAAAUCGCCAAGCACUAGUGCUAAAAUGGUUACGAAUGAUGAUGCUGAUAAUACAGAAAACGAAUAUCCUUUAAUGAACGAAGUAUUUACACGAAGACCACAAAUAAAUGAUUUUGAAUAUUUAAAAAUACUUGGCCGUGGCACAUUUGGAAAAGUAGUUUUAUGUCGAGAAAGAACAACACAACGAAUAUUUGCUAUGAAAAUGUUACGAAAAAGUCUUGUUAUAACAAAUAAUGAAAUUGUACACACAAUGGAUGAAAAUAAAAUUCUUCGACGAAUUCGCCAUCCAUUUAUUACGAAUUUAAUAUGUGCAUUUACAACCAGUGAUCGUCUUUGUCUUGUUAUGGAAUGUGUUAAUGGUGGUGAACUUUUUUUUCAUCUAAAUCAUGAAAAACGUUUUUCAGAAGAACGUACAAGAUUUUAUAUAGCUGAAAUAGCUUGUGUUAUUGGUUAUUUACAUUCAAGAAAAAUUAUUUAUCGUGAUGUUAAAUUGGAAAAUAUUUUACUUGAUCGUUUUGGUCAUAUUAAAUUAGUUGAUUUUGGUUUAUGUAAAACCAAUGUACCAUUCGGACAAACGACUGUUACUUUUUGUGGUACACCACAAUAUAUUGCACCAGAGAUUCUUCGGAUGACAUCCUAUACAAAUGCAAUCGAUUGGUGGGGUGUUGGCGUUAUAAUGUAUGAAUGUCUUGUUGGUCGAUUACCAUUUGCUGAUACAAAAAGUCAAGAAGGUCUUUUUCAAAAAAUCCUGAAUCAUGAGCCAACUUAUCCAGCUAGUUUAUCGCCAACAGCACUUGAUUUAAUUAAACGUUUUCUUAAAAAAGAGCCAACUGAACGUAUUGGAUCUGGUGUUGACGAUGUUAUUGAAGUUGAACGACAUCCAUUCUUUAUUAAUAUUCCUUUUCGUUUAUAUGAAGAAAAAAAAAUUGAACCACCAUUUAAACCAGUACUUGAUUCAGACACAGAUACACGUUAUUUUGACGCUGAAUUUACUAAUGAGCCAGUUUGUAUAACACCGCCUGGUAGUACUGAAUCUUUAAAUGGUCUUGGUUUUUCAGAUGAUGCUUUCGAACGUUUUACUUAUGUUGGAAAUGAUGGUUUAAGUCAUUUUGCAUCUCGUUCAAUUUUAUCAAUGGCAUCAUCAUUUGCUGCUCGUUCACAAUCAAAUAUUUAUCUUGAUGAUCCUGAUUAUUGUCAACAAUAUUCAAAUGUUCAUAAUUUACCACCUCAAUUUUCUGUUUCAACAAUGAAUAUGUCAUCAAUGAUUUCAGAUGCAACAUCAGCUCCAUCAUCAUCAUCUGUAUUAAAAAGUGCUAUAAGUAUGCAACAGUUAAAAGACCCAUCAAGAAAAAUGAAUAAUAGAACAUCGAAUAUAACUGAACAACAUAAUAUGAGUAUGGAUCAAGAUCAAUCAGAACAACGAUCAACAUUAUCAAUACCGAAUAUAUAUGAACAACAAUUAAUGAAUGAACGUCUUAUGUGUAUACAACAAAUGAUGGCUAGUGGACAAAAUUUUGCUUCAAUGUUUAAUGAUGAUCCACAAUUUGCUCAACAAAUUAUGGCUUAUAUGUCACCUGGUGGUCAUUAUCCACAACAAGAGCCUGAAGUUAUUGAAAUAAUGGACGAAUAG